ACAACGUGUGCGUUUAGUGCGAAAAACUUUUUGCGCGUAUCAGAGAAUGUCUUGAACGGUCCGCGGAGAUUUCCGAUAACUUCAAGUACCUGCCCCGGGCGAUGCAAUGGGUCGCCAUCCUCUAGAUCGCGAACAUUCGAUAAGUGUGAAAAUUUAAAUCUCAACCAACCGAAUCGAACCUGCACGAAACAACGAAAAAAUAAUCAAGGCCGAGCUCAGUGCCACUUUCAGAGUAUGACUCAAACCUUCAAGGACACCAUGAAGUCGGCUGGAAUCUACUUUCUGGUGAUUUGUGCAUUCCUGUUUACCACGUUCUACAACGUCGCCUCUGACGUGGACGUUAACCAACCAGCAAGCUCUGUAAUUGCAACUGCUGCUGCGCCGAAACCGAUCGAUUUGAAGAAUGCAUCCUUAACCGUCCAGGGCGCUGGUGUUCCGGCGGUAGCACCUUCGGCCGCACCGGAUCCGAACCAUGAAAAGAAUGACACUGUACGAACAGCUGCAUCAACGGUGGCGUUGGCAUCCACCGUAGCAACAAGCACGGCAGCUAGCAGCAGCAACAGCAGCGGCAACCAGACGACAGCGGCAUCGGCUACAAUGUCGCCGGAAAAGAGUGCCGUGGAACAGGAGCACUACAGUUCGAUGUCGAUUUUUUUCGUCCUUUGCGUUAUCGCUCUUGGCAUUCUGCUGAUACACAUGAUGCUGCAGACCGGCUUCCAGUAUCUGCCGGAAUCUAUCGUCGUCGUGUUUCUGGGUGCAUUGAUCGGCCUGAUCCUUAACGUGUCCUCCGUCAAACACAUCGCCAACUGGGAGCGGGAGGAAGUUUUCUCGCCGACCGCUUUUUUCCUGGUACUGCUUCCUCCGAUCAUAUUCGAAUCCGGAUACAAUCUGCAUAAGGGUAACUUUUUCCAGAACAUUGGCUCAAUUCUGGUAUUUGCCAUCAUUGGUACCACCAUAUCGGCCCUCGUGAUUGGAUCCGGUGUGUAUCUACUAGGGUUGGCCGAGGUCGCGUACAGGCUGAACUUCGUGGAAUCAUUCGCCUUCGGUUCGCUGAUUUCCGCCGUCGAUCCUGUCGCAACCGUGGCAAUUUUCCACGCACUCAAUGUAGAUCCGGUACUGAACAUGUUGGUCUUUGGCGAAUCCAUACUGAAUGACGCUAUUUCGAUCGUGCUUACGACCACCGUCAUGCCGAUGGUGUCGGGCACUAGUGCCGGUACUGGAGAAUCUAUCUUCUCCGCCCUGAAUACUUUCUGCAUGAUGUUCUUCGCUUCGGCCGGCAUUGGCGUCGUGUUUGCCCUCAUGAGUGCACUCCUGUUGAAACACAUCGAUCUAAGGAAACAUCCUUCGCUCGAGUUUGGCUUCAUGCUUGUAUUUACGUACGCUCCUUACGUACUGGCCGAGGGCAUCCACCUCUCCGGUAUCAUGGCGAUCCUGUUCUGCGGCAUCGUGAUGUCACACUAUACGCAUUUCAACCUUUCAACUGUUACGCAAAUCACGAUGCAGCAGACGAUGCGAACGCUUGCCUUCAUUGCUGAAACGUGUGUUUUCGCAUACCUGGGGCUGGCCAUAUUCUCCUUCAAACACCGGUGCGAGUUAUCAUUCGUCAUCUGGGCGAUCGUUCUGUGUUUGCUGGGGCGCGCUUGCAACAUAUUCCCCCUGGCCUGGUUGGUCAAUCGAUUCCGCGAGCACAAGAUCACCAAUCGAAUGGCUUUCAUCAUGUGGUUUUCGGGGCUUCGGGGCGCAAUUUCCUAUGCCCUCUCGUUGCACAUGCAAUUUUCGACCGAGGAAUCGCGUCAUGUCGUUAUUACUACGACGCUGAUCAUUGUGCUCUUCACGACGUUGUUCUUCGGCGGCUCGACGAUGCCAUUGAUGAAAUACCUGCAGGGUGGCAAGAAGGUAAAGCGAACCUCGCGUGCCGGACGUGCCGGCCGAAAGCGCAAGGAAAAGGCUCUGUCGCUGAGUAAAACACGCGAAUGGGGACAAGCGAUCGAUUCGGAGCACCUUUCGGAGCUGACGGAAGAGGAAGAGGUCAGUUUUACGCAGUCCAGAAUCGGAGGAUUCGCCCGGUGGGAUCGUAAGUUUUUCACACCCUUCUUCACGCGUCGAUUUACGCAUCAGGAGCUGCAUGAUUGCAAGAGUCAAAUGGCAGAUUUAACAAACAAAUGGUACCAAGCGAUAAGGAUAUCACCGGACGAUCCAGAUGAUGAGGACGACGACGAAGGAGAUGCAGUUUCGGAACGAUCCACCACGAACAUCGUGUUUCCCGGACCGAGCAGGAGCAGUGGGAAAUCCUGAUCCAACGAUAUACCCGGCCACGCAAUACGCUCCAUACCAGUGGCCACGUCGCCCACGUCGUCGACGGGGGUAGAUCGUCCCGCUAGCACUGAUGCAGAUCGUCUCGCCGGGACGGCUAGAUUGUACGAUACGUCUCCGCUACGUACGGUUGAUUUUCUGUAAAUUUCAGUGAGUGCUGUGAAAUGUUAUACGCAUAUACGUAAGCAGGCGCACCCGAAACCACAAACGACCAACCAAACCGCUACAGAAGCACUCUUUAGAUAGAGCACGGCAAAAGACGUAAUAAUUAAGCCAAGGUGCUGGUUUAUUCCACCAUGGAGUACAGGGAGUGAUCUUUUUAUCCAUAUAACAAACAAUUUAAAGGUUUUUAUCCUAUUCAACGGUGAUAAUUCGCUAGUCAGGUGUAGCUAAAAAGAGGAGAGGGGGUAUAUGGGGCAUAACGGAUGUAACCGAGGUGCACACGAAUCAGUCAUACGAAUACGAUUGCCAACAACAUUUACUAGAUUUUAUUAUAGAAAUUUUUUCAAUAUCAUUACUAAUCACAGCCUCGUCCAGUAUAGAAUCUUAUACCAGAUACACCGGUGAAUCUUACUUUCUUAUAAAAACAGAAGAUUCGAAGCGGUUAAAUUCUAUUACAGCUCUGCAAGCUCUAGCAAAUGGUUAUAUUUAUUGUGAAUUUAGAGAAUAAACGCACAAAUAUUAUUGUACCAACA